AUGUGGAAGACUUGUUCUGUUGUUCACAAUAGAAGGCCACAAAUUCGACGUACUCGCCGCCGCCCGCGCAGCGCGCAAUCCAAAUUAGCGCCGCCGAGGAGUAUAAGGCAAAAUUCGCCGCAUCAGGAACAUGAUCGGCCGCUGCCGCCGCGGCUGCCGGAGGAAUUCAGGAGGGCGAUCGAGGAGAUGGCGCGCGGGAAGGAGCUGACGGCGUCGGCGACGCUGGUGAUUCAGAAGGAGCUGUUCCGCACCGACGUGAGCAAAAACCACAACCGCCUCUCGAUCCCGGCGAGCCAGAUCAGCGACGGCUUCCUGACGGAGGAGGAGCGGCGCCGCCUCAGGGCGAGGAGGAAGGGCCGCGUGGACGUGAGGGUCGUGGAUCUGCGUCGGUGA